AUGGUUACAACCCGAAGUCGUUCCAGACAAGUUGACCAAGUGGAUGACCCUGCCGACCACUUGACUGUCGAGACGAACGGUGACCUGUUGAACUAUACGCGGAAGGAAGUCAAGAAAAUCGCGAAGGACUCAAGAGACGCCCUUUAUCGUUUGGCUGCGCCUACCCCGGAAAGUCCUAGGGACAAGCGUUCUGAACUUCGACUAGUUGUACCAGAAGCCUUGCGACCCGACAUCCUACACCACGCUCACGAGGAUUUCCAGAGUGGCCAUCAAGGCAUCACCAGGACAUAUGAGCGUCUGCGUUCAGAGUUAUUCUGGACCGGGAUGUUCCAAGACGUUGAAAUGUUUGUCAAAGAAUGUACGGAUUGCGCGUCCGCUAAGGGGCGACCACCGAAUCCAGGACCCUCUCCCGGAAAUAUUGGACCGACCGGUCCAUUCGAAGUAGUGUCCAUGAAUUUUGUCACACACCUUCCGAAGUCGGAACGUGGGAAUACCUUCCUACUUUUGUUUCAGUACAUGUUCACGGGCUACGUUAUGUGUAAACCCAUGAGCAGUACUACCGCUCAAGACUGUGCUGAAGCCUAUGAGGAGGUUGUGUUCAGGAACUAUGGCGCAAGCUCUGAAAUCCGUCAUGACAGAGAUUCCAGGUUCAUGAGUCGGGUGUUCCGUUGUUUCAGUGAGAUGAUGGGUAUCCAGCAGAAAGCAACGCUCGCGUAUCGCCCUCAGGCCAAUGGCCAGCAGGAACGGUCGGGCCUGACAAUUAUGCACAGUAUCAGAGCGCCCGACCAAACUAACUGGGACGAUCACGCAGAGAAGAUUAUGCAUGCUAUAAAUACCUCCUUCAAUGUGACUAGAUUGGAUACGCCGUUCUACCUAUUGCACGGGUUCGAUUGUCGAAGUACUAUAGCAGCUAUGCUGGGUCCAAAACCGACGGACGUCGCAGAGCGUACUGCGUAUGAAUGGCGCCGAUUAUUGCAACGAGACUACAGCUACGCCCACGGCUGCGCGGAAGAGCUCCAGAGGAGAGCCAACCGACCGCGGUCCGCGGUUCAGACUCAGAAGUGGGAGGCCUUAUCGGAUCACCUCAAGUCUGGUUUCGAAGUAGGUGACUCGGUCUGGUUAUAUAUCCCGAAGGUUCUGCCAGGUCUGAGUCGUAAAUUGGCUCAUUUGAUUGAACGGGUUCGGGACGAUUUCAAAGUGAAAUUGAAAGUUCAGGGCACGGGUUACCGUGUAGAGCCAUGGGUUCACAUCUGUCGUCUGAAACCACGCGCCUUGUUCCCGAAACGGCCGUCUGCAAGGAUUAACGUUCCAGAAGACGAUGGCUUUGAUGCGGCACGUUGCCGGAGGAUAGCUGGGAACCAGAUUCAGUACACCAGGAUGGAGGAAAUCGUGGAUUUGAGAUGGGCCAAGCGCACCCGGAAUGCCAAACGUAUUCGCAAAUAUCUCAUCAAGUGGAGGGGAUAA